AUGGCCAUGCCCGUCGGCACGAACACGCAUCUUGCACCGCAGUGGGGUCCCUCACCUCCACCCCCUCCUCGACCUCUGCAACAGCUACCCUUACCGCUACUGCUGCUCGUGCUCGCACAAUCGUACCACUCCCAAGCGGUGGCCCUGCACCCGACGCUGUGCAAGCCUCCUUCCUCCUCGACCAACUCGCACAAGCGGUACACGCUCGCCUGGAUCUCGUACCGCCGCUUCCACGCCGCGCUGUCGAUCUGUCUGGACCAGGUCGUCGCGCUCACCAGCAGCGGCGCGCCGUGGCAGGGCUUGGGCUCCGGUAGGGUCGAACUCAGGGCGAGGACGAUGCUCGCCGAGUGUUUGGCCUCGAGUGGGGCCAGUAGUGCACUCUUGGACAAGAUGUCCAGUAGAGGGGUCAGUUGCUCAAGACGCACCUUUUCGAAUUCGGUCUGGGACGCUGAUCGCAAAUCUCCACUCGGCGCCGGUCACUUUUUGACCUCUCGUUCGCUUCUCGGCUCGAAUGUCAAAACCUACAGAUGGUCGCGUCAGAAAAGGUAGGCCGGCGGCCAAACACCUAGUCUGGCCCCUCGGCUUCGACAUGUUUACAAUUCUCUGUCACAAAUUUGCAGCACGAUACGCUCAAGAGCUUCACACCCCAUCUGGCACUACUGCAACCUUCGCUCUCGUCCUCGUCCAAAUUCGCUCGGCAGACCUUGCGGCGCCUGUUGUCCUCCCCGACGACCCCCGUACAUUGGGUCUACCAUCUCCACAUCACCCUCGCGAACCUGCCCAACACAUCCUACACUGAUGCGCUCGCGUCCUGGUACGAGGUCGAUCGCAUCGCCACCCAUCGAGGCGACGUGCUCGUUCGUGCCGUGUGCUACACCUCGAUCGCCCGUCUGGCUCUCGCCAAAGGCUCGCAGUGGCACCUCGUCUCUUCGAUGUUGCAGGCGUUACAAGCGCUCGGACCUAAAGACUUGAUCGAGAAACAUCUACCUUCGGGAUUCAAGGUCUAUGCGCUCUUGAUCGAGAGUCUGCUGCAGGCGCAUAUGGGGCUGACCAAGGAGGCCAAGGAGAAGCUCAAGCUCGCGCAUGGGCUGCUGGAUCGCGAGCGCGCCGAAGGGGAGGAGAAGCGCAGCGAGGACGAAGGGUGGUGUAGGGUGGGUCAGGUCGGGUAACCAGGGGGGUCACGUGCUGUGCCACUGUACUGAUUGUAGCAAAGGUCGGGCUUCACAGAUCCCCAUCAACCCUCCGGACCCUAAUAAGACUCGGGUCAAUCCAGCGGACCUCUUCGUCCCCCCACCUUCGCUCGGCGCCCCCCUGCCUUCGGUCCAAUCCAUCUCGAUCAGUUUGGGAUCUCGCACGCUCGUCUACAACUUUGCUUUUCUCGCCUCGGUCGCGAUCCACCGCGAUCCUUUCGGGUCCAAACCCCGCUCGACGCUCUUUGCCAACGAAGGCCUCAAACUGUUCGACCUCAAACUCAACAGGAUCGAGCCGUGUCCGCCGUUGACGCAACCGCAUGAGGUCGCGGAUUACCUCGCCCGCAUCGCGCGAAUGAAGAUCCAUUUGCUCUUGUUCUCGAGCGAGUUGGAGAUCAUGCGAUCUGGGUUCGAGCAGGCAAAGAACCAAUUGUUGGAUGCGGUCACGACGGCGAGGAAUCGGGAGGGGUUGUGGGACGAGUACGAGGGGAGGAUCACGCUUGAUUUCGGGAUGUUGUUCCAUGCCGAGGGGGACGACGCGAAAGCCGAGGAAUGCUACGAGACCGUGUUGUACAAGACGAGUACUUCGUCAGCAACCGAGAACGACGACGACGACGACGAGCAGCGCCAAGGUUUGCGGGUCCUGGCCGGGCUCUCGUUGUUGAUGCUCAAAAUGUCGCAAGGGUGGAGGAUCCGCUUGUCGACCCAUGCGAGCUCAAACGCGAGUGCGAACCCGAUCGGAUCACCACAACGUCCGACCGCGAACCCGUCCAACGCUUUCGAGUCCCCCCGAUACGACGCGAUCGCUAGAAAGAUCGUCGCGUUCACCUGCGCGGAAGAAUCGGCGUCGUGGUCACCUUCGUCGAACUUGAUCGCCGAGUUCAUCCAGUCCUUGACCAAGGGCGAGAUCACCAAAUCGAAGCAACACCUCUCGGUUGCGUUGCAGUUGUCGAACCAGAUGAAUUCGAACCAUGCCAAGGCAUUGGUGUUGAGCUUGUUGGCGAAUUUGUUCUUGAUGACCAGGAACGAUCAGGCACGUCCUUCUUCUCGGUAUCCGUCUCUUGGAAUGUGAGCCCUGCUGAUCCAGAAAGUGGACUCGACAGGCACAAAAAAUGCUGCACGCCGCUUCGCACCUCGUCAAAGGCAUGGGGGCUCGAGCGAUGCCUCCGACCACCGAGAAUCCGGCGGCACCCUCGGCGCCUACGAACGAUGACCACCUCGUUGGGAACGCGAGGUUGGGGCUUUGGUUGGGCGAGAGGUUGUUGGGUAAGUUCAAAGAUCGGGCAGUCUACUGAGCUUAUUUUGCGAAGAGGAAGGGUAAUUGAUCUUCAGCGUGCCUUUGACUACGCCCUGCUGCAGAGUCGUACAAGAAGGAGAAUGAUUUAACAAAAGUGCAGGAACAAGAGAGGUGGAACGAUGCGUAUCGACGAGCGUUGAGUUGGUGUGUUGGGAAUGAGGGUUAGGAACCGCGCGUUCUUUGGUAAUCUGUUUAGAAGCGCUCGUCUGUUUAGUGAAGCCUGGCGAUGCGCACCAACCGUUGUCUUCUCUCCACGGUUGGAUUACACGCUCGUCAGGUACGCAUGUUUAGCUUCACAGCCACUUUCGUUGCAAUUAACUGACGGUUGGAUUACACGCUCGUCAGUCUCUUAUUCGUUGAACGUCCAAAGCAUUGGCGCGAGGGUCUGA